AUGUCAGCACCAGAAUACGAUUAUCUCUUCAAGCUCCUUCUUAUUGGUGAUUCAGGUGUGGGAAAAUCCUGUUUACUUCUUCGAUUCGCCGAUGAUACCUACACCGAAUCAUACAUUUCUACCAUCGGAGUCGAUUUCAAAAUCAGAACUAUCGAACUUGAGGGAAAGACAGUAAAACUCCAAAUCUGGGAUACUGCUGGACAAGAGCGAUUCAGAACCAUCACUUCAUCAUACUACCGAGGCGCUCACGGUAUCAUAGUAGUCUACGACGUCACUGAUAGUGACACUUACGCCAACGUUAAGCAAUGGUUGCAAGAGAUUGACCGAUACGCUGUCGAGGGUGUCAACAAACUUCUUGUAGGAAACAAAUCUGAUUUAGCUACCAAGAAGGUUGUCGAAUACGCUGCUGCCAAAGCCUUCGCCGACGAGUUGGGUAUUCCAUUCCUCGAGACAUCUGCCAAAAACGCUACCAACGUCGAACAAGCUUUCUUGACCAUGUCAAAACAAAUCAAGGACAGGAUGGGAUCUACUUCAAUGGCUUCUGGUCCAGGUGCUAAAUCUACCAUUAAAGGUCUCGGUCAAAAUGUGGAACAAAAGACUGCUGGAGGAUGUUGUUAA